GCGGUGCGACACGAGGACGUGAUGGACAAGCAGGUCGACAUGAAGCGCGUGCAGGAGCUGGUGGCCGACCUGCGCGAGCCGCGCCAGGCCCACUACUUCACCGAUCUGCUGCUGUGUGCCGGCCUAGGCUGGCUCGCCUUUGCCGUGGCCGUGCUGCCGGGCGCCGUGGGCGUGCGCGUGGCGGCCUUCAUCGUGGCGGUGCUGCUGCUGUACCGCACGCUCGGCUUCAUCCACGAGAUCUUCCACCAGCAGGGCAUGAAGACCUUCCGGCAUGUCUGGCAUGCGGUGUCCGGCGUGCCGCUGCUGAUCCCCUUCCUGCUCUACCUGCCCAUCCACCAGGGCCAUCACAACAAGCUGACCUACGGCACGCAGGAGGACGGCGAGUACGACCAGUUCCAUGGCCGUGCCGGGGCGGCGAGCGCCAAGCUCUUCGCGCUGAACCUCGCGCUGCCGCUGGCGCUGUGGGUGCGCUUUGCCAUCCUGACGCCGCUGUCGAUGGUGCUGCCGCCGAUCCGCGAGAAGAUGAUUCCGGAGUUCGUGCACAUGGCGCUGCGCAUGCCCUACCGCGCGCCGGCGAUCAAGGAGAGCGCCCGCGCCGAGGCCAUGGCCGUGGAGUGGUGGUGCUGCGCUUUCGGCUGGGCGAUGGUCGCCGUGGGCGCCCUGGCCGGCUGGCAGUGGGUGGCGGCCUGGGCGCUGCUCGUGAUCGCGAUCGCGACGCUCAACACCAUCCGCGCCCUCGGCGGCACGCAUCUGUAUGUCGAGGAGGCCCAGGGGCGCGACGCCCGCGGCCAGUUGCUGGAUUCGCUGAACGUCGACUCCAACAGCCCGCUCACCGUGCUGCUGUGCCCCGUGGGCCUGCGCUUUCAUGCGCUGCACCACGUGGCGCCCUACCUGCCGUAUCACGCGCUGCCCACCGCCCACCGCCGCCUGAUGGAACAGCUGCCCGCGGGCUCGGAGUACCACCAGGUGACCGUGCGCUCGCUCGGCGAAGGCAUCGGCCGCCUGCGUCAGGCCACGGCGCUCAGGGCGGCGGCAGGAAAGGCGUGACGACGGCGAUCAGUCGCUCGACCCAGGCCGUGGUGCUGUCGAGCUCCGCCCCGUCGAGCACGGGCCUGACCUACAGCUGGGAUUUCGGUGACGGCAGCACCAGCACCGAUGCCAGCCCCCAGCACAGCUACGCCAAGCCGGGCGACUACACCGUGCGCCUGACGGUCGGCAAUGGCAGCGCCACCGUGUCGGGCACGGCCAGCGUGAGCGUCAACGACAGCGCCCGCCUUCGCGCCAAUCUGUGCACCAAGGCGGACGGCGCGGGCUGGUGCCUGCUGCGCGGCACGCAGUCGGCCGUCGACCUGGCCGACGUGUCCUGGAGUUCUGCCACGCGGGGCCUGGCCGUCACGCUGGGCGGGGUCGUCCUCGACACGCAGGACGGCGGCCAGACGUGGUCGCCGUUCAGCCUCGGGCUGGCGCUCGACGGCGAAGAGCCGCAGCGAUUGGUGGCGAGUGACGCCAGCACGGUGCAGGCCGGCAUGACCCUCGUCCAACCGGCCGCGGCCGGCGCGUACUACGCCGACGUGGCAGCGCUCGACGACAACCGUGCGUGGGUGGUGCGUUUCGACCCCGGCACGGCCUCCAGUACCGUGCUGGCGACCACCAAUGCCGGUGAGGGCUGGUCACCCGCCGGCGUGGCGGCCAAUCUCCAGGCCCAGGCCGUGAGGGUGUGGGAUGCCCAGCGGCUGGCGCUGCUGGGGCGGGUGCCCGGCACCGACCCGUCGGGAAGCUGCGUGUCCACCUCGUCCGAUGGCGGGCAGACCUGGGCCCGCAGUUGCUUCGCCGAAGAGGCGGCGGACCUGGUCUGGCGCGAUGCCCAGACGCUGUGGCUGGUCGGCCAGCCGCUGCGGCGGUCGACCGACGCGGGGCGCACCUGGAGCGUCGUCGAUAUCGGCCUGGGUGCCCAGGACCGCCCGGUGACGGCCCAGUUCCCGACCACGAAUUUCGGUGUGAUGGUGGGCGGCAACGGGCUGGUCCUCGUGACCCGGGAUGGUGGCGGGACCUGGCAGCGUCAGGCGCGGGCGACCGGCCAGCGGCUCGAUGGCAUCAGCUUCACCGACAGCAAGAACGGCUGGAUCACCGGCAUCGGUGUCGUCCUGGGGACCGGCACGGGCGGCGACU